GGAAUGGAGAAAGGAAAUUACACACUGGUGACCCAAUUCAUUCUUUUGGGUUUCUCAGACCAUCCAGGAGAUCUACAGGUCAUUCUCUUUCUGAUGUUUCUUGUGAUCUACAUUAUGACUGUGGUGGGAAAUCUUGGGAUCAUCCUGUUAAUCAAGGUUGAAUCUCGUCUCCAUACCCCAAUGUAUUUCUUCCUCAGCCAUCUAUCCUUGAUUGACAUUUGUUACUCUUCAUCUAUAACACCCAAUUUGUUGAUGGGUACUGCCUCUGCAGUAAAAAGCAUUUGUUUCUUUGCAUGUGCAGUUCAGAUGUACCUGUUCAUCAUGUUUGUUGUUGCUGAAUCAUUUCUCUUGGCUGCAAUGGCAUAUGACCGGUAUGUGGCCAUUUGUAACCCUUUAUUGUAUACUGUGAUUAUGUCCAAAAAUGUUUGCAUCUUUCUAGUGAUUAGUUCUUAUCUGUGGGGCAUUAUUUGUGCUCUAGUUCAUACAAUCUCUGCUUUUCGGCUACCAUUCUGUGGAAAUAUCGUCAACCACUUCUUUUGUGAUGUUGUGCCAGUGUUAACUCUGUCUUGUUCAGACACCCAGCUCAAUAAGAUGCUGCUUUUCAUUUUUGCCACUUUUGUGGAGAGUAGUACCAUCAUCAUUAUUCUCAUGUCCUACAUUUUAAUUAUCGUGUGUGUUUCAAAGAUUCACUCCAGCGAGGGAAAAUGCAAGGCUUUCUCCACUUGUGCCUCUCACUUCACAGCAAUCUCAGUCUUCCAUGUGACAAUUCUUCUAAUAUACUGCCAGCCUUAUGCAAUCCAUGGAAGGGAUUCAAACAGAAUUACCUCUGUCUUCUACACGAUGGUGAUCCCCAUGCUGAAUCCUCUGAUUUAUAGUCUGAGAAACAAAGAAGUAAAAGGAGCUUUUCAAAGGCUGGUGAAGAGAAAAGUUUUUUCUCCAUCAACGUGCUAA